AUGCCGCCCUCCCGGACGAAGACGGUCAAGAACAAGCAUGCGGGCGCAAAGUCCGGCAUCAGCGGGAGCAAGUCGUCAAAGUCCUCGGGACCGCCCGACGGCAUCGUCAGGCAGCGCUCGUCGAGCAGCAAAGGCAAAGCUCCCACAACCACGGCCAAGCAGGUCAAGGGCCGCAGCGCCACGUCACUGCUGAACAAGAAGAGGAAGAAGGUCUACACGGAAAAGGAGCUGGGCCUGCCGCAGCUCAACAUGAUUACGCCGAUUGGCGUCACCAAGCCCAAGGGCAAAAAGAAAGGCAAGGUUUUCGUGGAUGAUCGGGAGAGCAUGUCCACGAUCCUAGCGCUCGUGCAGGCGGACAAGGAGGGUCAGAUCGAGAGCAAAAUGAUCAAGGCGCGGCAGAUGGAGGACAUCCGCGAGGCGCGGCGUCUCGAGGCCGAGAAGAAGGAGGAGGAGCGCAAGGGAAAGCUCGACGAGACCAAGGAGUCCCUGCGGAGGAAGCGCAAGCGGCCGUCCGCAACAGGCGAUGCCGUCGACGAGUUCGCCGUCAAGGAUGUCGCGUCCGCGGGCUCCCGCGCCAGCAAGGCCAAGAAGAAGAAGGUCGCUUUCGCUUGA